AUGAUUGACGAAGAAAAGCUGGCCGAGGAAGCCACAAACUUCCUACAGCAACUCAAGUUCGACUGGGCUUCCGCAAAAGACCAGAACACGAGAAUCCAAGAACUUUUGGAAGAGCAGAGCAAGCGAUUCAAAGAAGUCUACAACAAGGUAUUGCAGCAAGAGGCGGCCAGCCACGUUUCCAGCAAGGUACUGCAGCAAGAGGCAGUCAUCCACCGGGGAGAUACCGAAGGACUCAUCACCCGUGUCUCACAGCUCGAAGCUACGUUGGCCAAUCUCUCGAACUCGCAGAAGCAAGAGGUCAGCAGAGAUCAAGAGCUCACCGAUGAGCUGGUCAGCCGCGUCGCGCAGCUUGGAAUUACCCUCGCCAAUCUCACGCUCCAGAAGACCCAGUCCGAGAUCCAUGUCGACGUCCACAUGUCGCCGCAGCAAUCUUCCAGCACCACCGCCGGCAACGUCCCUCCUCGACAUUCGCCUCACGAUGCGGGUAGCUCUGAUGGUCGUCCUCCGUCCUCUAUGUCUCUGAUACAAAAUCUGUAUCGGACCGCCAGCCUUCUAAUGUUUAUGCCAGACCAUCAUUUGAUGAAGGACGAUAUCGUGAGAACCUUCAAAGAAGCGAGGAGCAUGACCAUCUGGAGGCGUAUUCCGCAAGCCUAA